GCCCCCGCCGCACCUGGCGUCCCCGCGCCCGCCGGGAGGCGCCCUCCCCCCCGCCCCGCCCCCACGCCGGGCUCGCUCCUGCGCGCGCGCGCCCCGGCCCCAGUGGAGAGUCCGCGCGCGAGCGGGACACGGCGCUGGAUGCGGAGCCGCUCGCCGCCAGCCGCCCGCAGCUCCCUGGCGCCGCGGGCAGCGUCCGCCUCCGAAGCCGCGGCGCCCGCGACCGGGCAGCCCGGACCCCCGUGCCGGCCCGCGGCCUCGCGCGGGGGGCGCCCCGGGACAGCCCCUGCGGGCCGGGCGGAGGAGGAGGAGGAGGAGGACGUGGACCGGCACCCCCGCCCCGCGCACCUGGCCGCGCCGCCGCCGCGUGUCCCUCAGGGGAGCGGGAGAGCGCCGCCGAGAGCCAUGGGCGGCCGCGCGGUCCGCGGGUGUCUCCUGCCCCUCGGGCUCCUGCUGCCGCUGCUGACGGCCGCGCCGGGCGACUGCGCGCACGUCCCCAGCAACCAAGUUGUGUUGCUUGAUACAACAACUGUUCUGGGAGAGCUAGGAUGGAAAACAUAUCCAUUAAAUGGGUGGGAUGCCAUCACUGAAAUGGAUGAACACAAUAGGCCCAUUCACACAUACCAGGUAUGCAAUGUGAUGGAGCCAAACCAAAACAACUGGCUUCGUACAAACUGGAUCUCCCGUGAUGCAGCUCAGAAAAUCUAUGUAGAAAUGAAGUUCACCCUGAGAGACUGUAACAGCAUCCCAUGGGUCUUGGGGACUUGCAAAGAAACAUUUAAUCUGUAUUAUGUGGAAUCAGAUGAGUCCCAUGGAAUUAAAUUUAAGCCAAGCCAGUAUACCAAGAUUGAUACAAUUGCUGCUGAUGAAAGUUUUACCCAGAUGGAUUUGGGUGAUCGCAUUCUCAAGCUCAACACGGAAAUUCGAGAGGUGGGGCCUAUAGAAAGGAAAGGAUUUUAUCUGGCUUUUCAAGACAUUGGGGCGUGCAUUGCCCUGGUCUCAGUCCGUGUUUUCUACAAAAAGUGCCCCUUCACUGUCCGUAACUUGGCCAUGUUUCCAGACACCAUCCCAAGGGUUGAUUCUUCCUCUUUGGUUGAAGUAAGGGGCUCUUGUGUGAAGAGUGCGGAAGAGCGCGACACUCCUAAACUGUAUUGUGGAGCUGAUGGCGAUUGGCUGGUUCCUCUUGGGAGGUGUAUCUGCAGUACAGGAUAUGAAGAAAUUGAGGGUUCUUGCCAUGCUUGCAGACCAGGAUUCUAUAAAGCAUUUGCUGGGAACACAAAGUGUUCUAAAUGCCCUCCACACAGUUUAACCUACGUGGAAGCAACUUCUGUUUGUCAGUGUGAAAAGGGUUACUUCCGAGCUGAAAAAGACCCACCUUCCAUGGCGUGUACCAGGCCACCUUCAGCUCCUAGGAAUGUGGUUUUUAACAUCAAUGAAACAGCCCUUAUUUUGGAAUGGAGCCCACCAAGUGACACAGGAGGGAGAAAAGAUCUCACAUACAGUGUAAUCUGUAAGAAAUGUGGCUUAGACACCAGCCAGUGUGAGGACUGUGGUGGAGGACUCCGCUUCAUCCCAAGACAUACUGGCCUGAUCAACAGUUCUGUGAUAAUACUUGACUUUGUGUCUCACGUGAAUUACACCUUUGAAAUAGAAGCCAUGAAUGGAGUUUCUGAGUUGAGUUUUUCUCCCAAGCCAUUCACAGCUAUUACAGUGACCACGGAUCAAGACGCACCUUCCCUGAUAGGUAUGGUAAGGAAGGACUGGGCGUCCCAAAAUAGCAUUGCCCUAUCAUGGCAAGCACCUGCUUUUUCCAAUGGAGCCAUACUGGACUACGAGAUCAAGUACUAUGAGAAAGUCUACCCCCGGAUAGCGCCGGCAUUUUGGCACUACCUGCGGGUAGAAGAGCAGGAGCAGCUCACCUACUCCUCCACGAGGUCCAAGGCCCCCAGUGUCAUCAUCACAGGCCUCAAGCCAGCCACCAAGUACGUAUUCCAUAUCCGGGCGAGGACUGCUACAGGAUACAGUGGCUACAGCCAGAAGUUUGAGUUUGAGACAGGAGAUGAAACUUCUGAUAUGGCGGCAGAGCAGGGGCAGAUUCUCGUGAUAGCCACCGCGGCUGUGGGGGGAUUCACGCUCCUCGUCAUUCUGACUUUGUUCUUCCUGAUCACCGGGAGAUGCCAAUGGUACAUAAAGGCCAAAAUGAAGUCAGAGGAGAAGAGAAGAAACCACUUACAGGAUGGACAUCUACACUUCCCAGGAAUUAAAACUUACAUAGAUCCAGAUACGUAUGAAGACCCGUCCCUUGCAGUCCAUGAGUUUGCAAAGGAGAUUGAUCCCUCAAGAAUUCGCAUUGAGAGAGUCAUCGGGGCAGGAGAAUUUGGAGAAGUCUGCAGUGGGCGUUUGAAGACACCAGGGAAAAGGGAGAUCCCGGUUGCCAUCAAAACUUUGAAAGGUGGCCACAUGGACCGGCAAAGACGAGAUUUUCUGAGAGAAGCUAGUAUCAUGGGUCAGUUUGACCAUCCAAAUAUCAUUCGCCUAGAAGGUGUUGUCACAAAAAGAUCCUUCCCGGCCGUUGGGGUGGAGGUGUUUUGCCCCAGCUUCCUGAGGGCAGGGUUUUUAAAUAGCAUCCAGGCCCCUCAUCCAGUGCCAGGGGGAGGAUCUUUGCCCCCCAGGAUUCCUGCUGGCAGACCAGUAAUGAUCGUGGUGGAGUAUAUGGAGAACGGAUCCCUAGACUCCUUUUUGCGGAAACACGACGGCCACUUCACAGUCAUCCAGUUGGUCGGUAUGCUCCGAGGCAUUGCAUCAGGAAUGAAGUAUCUUUCUGAUAUGGGUUACGUUCAUCGGGAUCUGGCAGCUAGGAAUAUAUUGGUCAACAGCAACUUAGUAUGCAAAGUCUCUGAUUUUGGUCUCUCCCGUGUGCUGGAAGAUGAUCCAGAAGCUGCUUAUACAACAACUGGUGGGAAAAUCCCCAUAAGGUGGACUGCCCCAGAAGCAAUCGCCUACAGAAAGUUCUCCUCGGCAAGUGACGCGUGGAGCUAUGGCAUCGUCAUGUGGGAGGUCAUGUCCUACGGAGAGAGACCUUAUUGGGAAAUGUCUAACCAAGAUGUCAUCCUGUCCAUUGAAGAAGGUUACAGACUCCCGGCUCCCAUGGGCUGUCCAGCGUCUCUGCACCAGCUGAUGCUCCACUGCUGGCAGAAGGAGAGAAACCACAGACCCAAAUUUACCGACAUCGUCAGCUUCCUUGACAAGCUGAUCCGCAGUCCCAGUGCCCUGCACACUCUGGUGGAGGACAUCCUGGUAAUGCCCGAGUCCCCUGGUGAAGUUCCUGAGUAUCCUUUGUUUGUCACAGUUGGUGACUGGCUGGAUUCUAUAAAGAUGGGGCAAUAUAAGAAUAACUUCAUGGCCGCAGGGUUUACCACUUUUGACCUGAUUUCAAGAAUGAGCAUCGAUGACGUUAGAAGAAUUGGAGUCAUCCUCAUUGGACACCAGAGACGAAUAGUCAGCAGUAUACAGACUUUACGUUUACACAUGAUGCAUAUACAGGAGAAGGGAUUUCAUGUAUGAAAGGACUAAAAGCAUCUGUGUUCCGUGCCUCAGCAUUUCUAAAAUGAAAGAUAUCCUCUCUACUGCUCUCUCUUCUGAUUCUCCGAACAUCACUUCACAAACUGCAGUCUCCUGUCCAGACUAUGAGCACACUCUUUGUUUCUGCUUCCAACCUGGAUUUUAAAAUCAUACUUCAUAGCUCCUCCCUGAAUAACCUGCAAAUGAAACCCUGGCCCACUGCAAGUAGCACUACACGAUGGUAAAUAACUCAGCACGGAUGGUAACUUUGUCCGAAGUUCUUGGGAAGUGUUCACGGACUUAGCCAAGAGGAAUUUGCCCGGAUGUGGCUUCCUUCAUGAUGUAUUUAGAGUUUGACGGUAGAUGAAAAAGAGAUAGUUGACGUUUCUUUCAUGUUUUGUGAUCAGCUAGCUUCCAAAUUGACAUGAAUAUUUAUUUUUUAUAUUCACCUCUAUGGGUCGUAUUGUUACUUUAUUUCAUAAAAGUUGAACUGUUGAUGCCUGAUGUUAGAUUUGCAGAAAUUAGAUUUGCAGAAAUGACCAAUGAUUUCAUGUAGUGAAUUCUUGUCGGGUGUGACUAUGGUGAGAAGGGGUUAUUGGGGAGGGAGAGGGAGAAACAUACUGGGCUUUCAAAUCUUCUAAGGCGGGAUUUGUCUAUUUUUUUUAACUAAGUUUAUAGUAUCAUACAUAUUUCACAGUAGGUGGUAGUUGAGAGACUUUCUGCUCUCAUUUUUUACUAACUAUAGUCUAUUUCUCCACUGCCUGAUGAAGGGCACCCCUGAAAGACCAAGAGUGAGUCCGCUGCUCUAGAGGCUUUCAGAGAGUGAAGCGUGGGAUAAAACCAUGGCUGCUCCCUUGGUUCAUCUUGGCAAGUUUGCAAAAGUAAUUAUCAAAGCACUGAGAAAAUUUGUUAUUCUCAGUGGAACUGCUUUGAAUAAAAGAUCUGAGAUUAUAGCCUGAGAUUUAAUGUAA